CGGAAGCUUCCCGCACAGGGGGAUUGUCCGUCACCUGGCAGUAAAAUAGCAGAGACGUCGACAUUUCUUUUUGGGAAAACAGCCAUUUGACGACAAAGAGGAUUCGGAUCUCAUAAUGCUUAGAUCUCCAAAUGCUUCUCUGAUAAAGACCUCUGCGCACCUUCUAGUCUAUUCGAAAAGACUCCCUCGUCCCAAGGUAUAAGUCCUUUUGCAUUUUCAAUCUUCCCAUGAAGCGACUCCUCUCUUUUCUUCUCACCAUCAUCACAGCACUAUUGAUUGCGUAUUUCACAAACACCGACACCCUGGCUUCGAAGAAGAACAUCCUUGGACAAGUCAGACCUGCAUUUAACAACUUGAUACGACAAUCCCAGACACGACCAAAAGCUACAACGACAGCGACACCUUUUCCAGGUCUACCUUUGAUCCCCGCGCGUUUCGCAUCGACGACCGCCAACAUGACCACUCCACGAGCCAUCCAGUUCUCUUUCCUCGCCCGCGAGCAAUCCGAAGGCGCGGGCGCCGUCGUCAGGCGCAGCGUCGGCACCCCCAAGUUGCGCAACUUCACCCCGUUCCUCAUGCUCGACCACUUUCGCAUCCCCCCCGGCGCGGGCUUUCCCGACCACCCGCACCGUGGUCAAGAGACCAUCACCUAUCUUCUCAAGGGAGGAGUCGACCAUGAGGAUUUCGCGGGGAACAAGGGCACAAUCGGUCCGGGUGACCUUCAAUUUGUAAGUACACACGUCCCCGAAUGUGGUCUUUUUUUUUCUUCGAGGGAAAACUUUACUGACCACGAUUCUCAAACACAAAAACAGAUGACGGCGGGACGCGGAAUCAUGCACGCCGAGAUGCCCGUCCAGACCGAGGACAUCAACGUCGGCAUGCAACUCUGGGUCGAUUUGCCCGAGAACCUCAAGUCCUGCGAGCCGCGGUACCGCGACCUGCGCGCCGGCGAAAUCCCCGUCGCGAGCGCCGACGACGGCAAGGUCGAGGUCAAGGUGAUUUCCGGCAAGAGUCAGGGCGUCGAGUCGCUCAAGGACCUCGCGUACACCCCGGUGUGGUUCCUGGACGUGACCGUCCGGCCGGGCGGGAAGAUCACGCAGGAACUGCCGCAGGGGUGGAACGCCUUUGCCUACACGCUGGAAGGGACCGUGACGUUCGGGGACGGCACCAAGGAGGUCGGCGAGACCGUCACCCCUUACCACAACGUCGUCUUCGAGCGAGGCGGCGACGUCGUCACGGCCGACGUCGAGGAGGGAGCCGCGGAGGCGGCGAGGUUCAUCCUCGUCGCCGGCUUGCCCCUCGACCAGCCCGUCGUGCAGUACGGCCCGUUCGUCACCACCAGCAAGGAGGCCGUGUACCAGGCCAUGAUGGAUUUCCAGACCUCCAGCAACGGGUUCGAGAGGGCCGCGAAUUGGGAGAGUGAGAUUGGAAAGUCAAUGGGACGAGUCCGUUGAAGCAGGACCUCCCAAACUUUGAAAGGGGGACGACAAAAGUAUAUGAUCACCGCAUGUGACAACGGUUGACGUUUUUGGCAAUUUACACCGGAGUUUUGCGUUUGUUUGGGCACACGGGGCCAUGUAUGGCAUGCUAGAGUGGUGUACGGCGCUCCGACGUUGGACGGAUCUUCCCUUUGGCAAAGGGCAAUUGUUUAUAUCUUGUUGGACGUGCAGAUACCGAUUGAUAGUCAGAGAGUUCGAAAAAAAUUGACAUGACCAACAGUAAAAGGCAUUUUUUUCCAUCAAUCAUUUUGU